UCAAAGUCUCAAAUUAAUCUUGGUGCAUUUUGCAGCACAUAAAUGGAAUGGCACAUAUAAAACAAGCUAAAUUUGGCGUUGUUGAUAUGGAUUUUGUGUUGGGAGUGGGAGGCUACGAUCUUGACAGAAUUGAUUCUGAAGAUCCAUCAGAGGAUUCUCAUUGUGAGAAUCACACUCACGAGCAUGGCCAUGAAUGCCACCAAGGGCAUCAUCAUGAUCACAAGCAUGAUUCUGCUGUAUCCAGUGUGAGCAUUGUUUCUGAAGGAACUUUGGACCUUGAUGAGCUUGAUGACUGGCUUGAAAGACUGGUUGAGGAAAAGGGGGAUGAUCUUUAUAGGAUGAAAGGCGUCUUAUCAGUGAGUGAUUCCGAGACACGUUAUGUUUUUCAGGUUCUAUCUUUAUUCAUUUUUCAACUUUAGUUAUUU